UAAGCUGCAUUCCCCCCUCUCUCUCUCUCUCUCUCUCUCUCUCAUUGUCAGUGUAUCAGUCCAUAAAAUGUCAGAGGCAGGUAUUUCAGUAGAUCAGGAUCAGUUCAGCUGUCCAGUUUGUUUGGAUCUCCUGAAUGUUCCAGUGACUACUCCCUGUGGUCACAAUUUCUGCAAGAAGUGUAUUAAUCGUUUCUGGGAUGAGGAAAAUCAGAAGAGAGUCUACAGCUGUCCCCAGUGUAGAGAGACUUUCACUCCAAGGCCUGAUCUACGCAGGAACAACACGCUAGGUGAAAUGGUGGAGAAACUGAAGAAGUCUGAACUCCAAGCUGCUUCUCCUGCUCACUGUUACGCUGGACCUGGAGAUGUGGAGUGUGAUUCCUGCACUGGGAGAAAACACAAAGCUGUUAAUUCCUGCCUCGUGUGUCAGACCUCCUAUUGUGAAGAUCAUCUUAAACCUCACUAUCAGUCUCCUGCCUUUAAGAAGCACAAGUUAGUGGAAGCCUGUGCAGAUCUCCAAGAGAAGAUCUGCUCUCAGCAUGAUGAAGUAAAGGAGACUCACUGUCAUACUGACCAAAGCUUCAACUUGUAUUUGUGUACGAUGGAUAAACAAGCAGGCAACACAUUUGGUUCAACCAGUAUGGAUGAACUAAAGGAUGAGCAGAUGCAAUCACAACAGAAAGUGGAUCAGGAGCUGGAACCGACAGUAGACUCUGUCAAUAGUUCCCCGUCUCUCUGUGUUUCUCCUGGAUGUCAGGACUCACCCAGCUUUACUGUCAAUCAACAUCUCUUAUUUGAUGGAGAAAGGAAAUCAAUCUCAGAUCUGAAAAAACAAGUCGAGGAAAUCAGUGAUGAGAAAUCCAACAAAAUCUAUCCACAAGAACUGAAGAACAGAGAAGAUUUUCUGCACUAUUUCUGUUAUUUGACUUUGGAUCCCAACACAGCACAUUGUCAACUCCUUCUGUCUGAGGAGAACAGAGCAGUAAAACAUAUUUUGACAAAACAGCGAUACACACGUCACCAAGAGAGAUUUGACUCCAGAACUCAGGUGUUGUGUAAGGAGAGUGUGUGUGGACGCUGUUACUGGGAAGUGGAGUGGAGCGUUUGUGUCUCCAUAUCAGUCUCAUAUAAAGAGAUCUGCAGGAAAGGUGGAGGUAAUAAGUGUGGGUUUGGCUAUAACAGUCAGUCCUGGAGUCUGCGUUGUUCUUCUUCUUCUGUCUCUUUUUGGCACAACAAUGUAAAGACUGAGGUCCAAGGACCAGCUUCUACAAGAAUAGGAGUGUAUGUGGAUCACAAUGCAGGAACUCUGUCCUUCUACAAUGUCUCUGACACGAUGAGGCUCCUCCACACAGUUCACACCACAUUUACUCAGCCUCUGUACGCUGGGUUCAGGGUAUGGUAUAACUCAACCAUGAGGUUAUGUGAUCCAAAAUAAAAUGAUGAUUUAAAAAAAAUAAAAUGUUUAAAUAAAAAUAAACUGAGAUACCAUAUUUUAAGAUGUAUAGUUUUAUACAAUAGAAUGGCAUGUUUGUAUACUCAAAACAUAAAUUAUAUAUAUAUAUUUUUUUUAACUGUAUCUUUCUUAUAGUUUUUUUAAUUACUUAAAUUGUUGGAUGUUAAACAUACUUUUUAACGAUAAGCACUGUUAAAAGAUUACAAAAACUUUACAAUUUUUUGGACCCUUUUCUUAUCAAGGGUCCAGUUAAGAUAUAAUAUAUUCUGAAAUUAUUUAUAAGCCCUUUACACCAAUCUGGACAGAUUGGGUUGGUCCAUUGAUCGGAUUUUUUGGUCUUUAAUUUAGACUGGUCUUUAUUUCAUCUGUUCACAACCUCAAAUUCACUGCAAAAAUAACAAAGAGGUAAUACCCAAUAAUUAUUUUAUGUCUAAAAGAUAUCAAAAGACAAAAAGAAAAAGCUGAAUGGAACAUAAAUGUCCUGAGCUUUUUGUGCAAAAGAUGUCAUUCAAGGAUCGAACACAUUAUACCUUAAUCUGCUGGUCAUGGGAUGGUUAAGUAUAUUUUAGACCUGAAAUUUUUACUGCCCACAGGUCAUGUUUGAGAUGUUUCAAACUUGGAAAUUGGAAACGAUAAAACUUCCCACAUUUCAAGUCAUCUAUCUAUUAAUUCAUCUAUCAUUCAUGAUUCAAUUAUGUGGUUCAGUAAGAAAGAGAUUAACAGAACAAUGUUGAGAGACAUAUCUAAGACUUGCUCAAAAGGACUCACACUCAGUACCCACUCAUAGUAAUGAUUGUAUUUUUUUCUUCCUAUUGUGUAAACUUCUCUAUGUAAAUGUUUUAACUGUGUAAUGUUGCAGUGAUUACCUUAACCA